AUGCGGAGAGAUACAGUGUGUGCUUGCUCAACAGUAUACAAGUGGCAAAAAUCAGAGCUUAAUGAACUAGUCCCAGAGUUCCUUUCUCGGAGAGGAAAUAGUCAUGUGCUAUUUAGUGGUGAUAAGAAGAAGAGCGAUUACUAUUACAUCUCAGUGACAAAGAGUUUUCUACGAAUGCUUCCUGAAAAUCUUUGCGAUUUUCCAUUCACAGUAUCAAUAAAUUUUACACACAACAAAAUAGAAACUCUGAGAAACUUCUCGUGUGUAGAGAAACUAACGUUUCUGGACUUGUCGCACAAUAGAAUAAGGGACAUCUACAAAUCAUUUUUCCAUGGACUUUCUUUACUUUGGGAUGUUAAUUUGUCAUUUAAUGAAAUUUCCUACAUUGAACCUGGAACAUUUAAUGAUGAAUCCCUCAGCUUGAAUAACCUAGACGUUUCACAUAAUUCAAUACUUGUUUUAGAUCUUUCCAAUCUUCUACUAUCUAAAACGUUUUGUAACAUUUCUUAUGCGGGCAAUAAAAUUGCCAGUUUCACGAAUAAAGCAGAUGACCCAAUAAAAUAUGAAGACAAUUUUUCAGAAGUAGGAUUUUUUGACCUAUCUUUUAACAACAUUGACAAAAUUCCCAGUUUCGAAGAAUUAAACCUUGGAAAAGGAUACAGCUUUCUGGGGAAAGUUAUAUUCAACCGUUUCAUCUUUCAAGUGAUAUCAAAUCCAAUCGUGUGUGAUUGCUUUUUGGAAGAAAUGUUAUGGAAUCUCCGAAAUGUGAAGCACACCUUUAAAACUGACAGCGAUUUUUUGGGAUAUACAUGCUCAUAUCCAGCCAAUCUACAAAACGUUUCCAUCGUAAAAAGCUUUGUUUAUAACAAUAGUUUUGAUGAACUUGUUUGUAAAUUACCUAAAUGUCCCCGAAACUGUGAGUGUGUUUUUCAAUCAAGUCAAUUUCGAAUCAUCAUUGACUGCACGGAAAAUUUUAAUGGAAAGGCACUUCCUACUUUUAAUUUUACUGACAUGGUUGAAAGUGUUAAAGGUCAUUCCAAGCUACAAGAAACAACGAUACAUCUUCAGCUGUCAGGAAGACAAGUUGAAACAAUAGAUAACAGAAGCUUUUUUCCCAACCUCUCUUACAUUGACCUGUCAAACAACAAAGUGAAAACUGUAAAAGAAUCCUUUUUCUUGGAGCUAUCACGUGUGCCGAACAUAAAAAUUAAUUUUACCAGUAACCGUGGUGUUCUAAAACUCCCAAAUGGACUUCAACUAUUAAACCCCAAAAGUGUCGUCCUAAAUAAUGUCACGAUUGCCUGUGAUUGUGAACUUAUGUCUUGGUUCAUGCAAUGGCUUACCAGUAGAGAAAAAGAUUUGAAGGGACUUGGUAUAACAUGUAGAGUCAAUUCUUAUUCCAUUCCAAUACAAAACGUCACAGACUCCGAUCUGGGCUGCAGUCAGGAUCAAAACGAGAACUUCAACCUUGUAUUCGUUAUAGGGGGCUUUCUCGUUUUCCUCGUUAUUGUCUUUUUUGUAUAUUCAAAAUAUGGCCACUACUUUUUAGUGUUUCGUAAAUGCCUUUCAAGAUCAAAGCAACACAGCAGUUUUAGGUAUGACGUGUAUGUAUCCAUAGACGAGGAAAAUGAGGAAGUUUUGCGUUAUGUCGGUACAGAGUUUCUACCGAUGCUCGAAAACUUCAGUCUGAAAACAUUCAUGUUGGCUAGAGAUUCUGAGGUUGGGAGUGUGAUGGAAGAAUGCAUGAUAGAAAGUAUGAAGAAGUCCAGAAUAUACUUGUUUUUCCUCACAAGUACAGUUUUAACCAAAAGUGAAUCGGUUUUUGUAAGGGAAUGGAAGCACGCGUGGAAUAACUAUAAAUCAAACAAUACACAUGACAUCUUCUUUAUUAAUUUCGAUUUGUUAAGAUUGAAAGAUAUCAGUGACAAAAACAUGAGAGCAUGCAUGGUUUUUGGAAAAAGUGUUAAUUUUUCUGACUUUGACUUUGAAGACAAAAUCAAAAAGUCAUUGAAAAGAGGAGAAGUUAGGAAACAAAAUCCCAAGGUGAUUUUGACUAUGAUGUCGAUUGAUUUAUCCACAGUUUAA